AUGCAGUUCACUUCGAUCAUUGUCUCCGCCGCUCUCUUCCUGGCCUCCGGAAGCUACGCUUGGACCAAGGAUGCCAACGGAGUUUGGACUGCGAACAACACAUACUACACCAUUCGAGGCUCCACCGUCCAUGAAGCCUGCACCACGAUGAACACGGAGAGCGUUCACACUCCUGGCACUAGCUGCGCUUACUGGACCAACGGUAUUGGUGAUAUUUUCCACGGAAAGUGCCAAAUGCAAGGCAACUCGAUGCUCUGCAUCUAG